AUAAUCCACAAAAACAAAAUAUAGAAAGUGCUGCUAACCACCUUAUUAUUGUCAACAGACACCACUUGCAACCUCCAUUUUCUUCACACACGAAGAUCCCGCCUCUCUCUCUAAAAUCCUCCCUUUCUCUCUCUAAAACCACAGAAGAUACAGGGGGAGCAGAGAAGACACUAACGCCGAAGCAAUAUGACCGUAGAGGACGAGUGGGUUCAAGUAGCUAUGACCGAUGACAGUUUGGUGGUGGAGCUACUUUUAAAGCUGAACCAGCCAGAGCCACUCCCUGCACCACGUCGACGACGUCAUUUUCCGCCGGAUUUGGUUAAGGAAGGAGCCGUUCUGGCUUUGAGUGUGGACUGGAGCGUUAGACAACGACGCUCUUCUUCUAAGCAUGUAUUGAUGACCAGGAGGAAAAAGGGUUCUGAUUCCUCGGCUCAUGCUAGUCCUACCACUCCGCUUUCUUUUAGCUGUGCCACCUCCGUCAGCGGUGGUGGCGACGGUUUUGAUGAAGCUACCACUAGUCUUCCCUCUAAGUUGUUUGCCACCUCGAGAUCUAAGGUUGCCGUUACAAGUGAAACGCCAACCACCAAGAGGUCAAGAAAGAAGAAGAAUUUAGUUCAGCUUAGAGAGGAGGAGGGUUUGCUAUUGAAGGAAAGAAGAAGUUUGAAAAACAAAUUGGCAACCUUACGUGUGACUGUAGAGAAAGAGAGAGCCACAAAUGAAAGAUUGAAGAGAAUGAAGCUUGAUUUUCUAUCACAGCAAAGACCGGAGGUACUUCCAGCUGCUGUUAAAUCAGAAGAUGAUAUUUCAAUCCAGCCUCAGGAAACAAAAGUAGCCUGUGAUUCCACAUAUUCAAUGUUGCCACACAAUGUUUCUUUCCCAUUACAGGAGGAUGAAGGCACGAAGCCUUCCUUUCUGCUACCUGACCUGAAUCUCCCUGUUGAAGGCGAUUCAGGCUCUGGUGUUUUGAGCUGAGAAGACUCAGUUCUAUACAGGUAGGUUUUUUUUUCUUUUUUUUUCAAUUCAACCGGCAUUUGUGCGUAAUAAUACAUCAUGAUUCGGCAGAUCUUGACGGCAUCACAUGAUAAAGCUGAUGCAAGUACUAAACCAUUACCUUCACCCCUUCUUGACCUGUAUGCGGAUAUUUGUUUUUAUACAUGAAGGUACGGAGGGUGGUGUAGAGAUCCUAAUCUUUAGCUUCAGUUUACCUUCGUUCUUUGAGCAGAUUUCUACGUUCAUCCAAAUUCUUUGGGGCAACCUUCAUUCCUUCCAUUAUAGGAAAUACCAACAGAUAAGAUGUAAUUAUACCAUAGAUAGUCACUUGUUUGUCUACUUGGAAUCGAACUGAUCUAAUUAGAUUUCCCCCCCGUUAUUGUUGAUUUUAUAACAUCGGUAUCUCAUUAUUUGA